AUGAGGCAGAAGAAGAAGAAAGAUCUCAGCCGGGCUGAACUCAUGAUGAUGACAAUAGCUGAUGUCAUCAAACAGCUGAUUGAAGCUCACGACCAGGGCAAAGAUGUGAACUUAAACAAGAUAAAAACAAAGACUGCUGCGAAAUACGGCCUCUCAGCGCAGCCCCGUCUGGUUGACAUCAUUGCUGCCGUGCCGCCUCAAUACCGCAGGGUGCUGGUUCCAAAGCUGAAAGCCAAGCCCAUCCGCACUGCUAGUGGGAUAGCUGUUGUGGCAGUGAUGUGCAAGCCACACCGGUGUCCACACAUUAACUUCACAGGAAAUAUAUGUGUAUACUGUCCAGGAGGUCCCGAUUCUGACUUUGAAUAUUCGACACAGUCAUACACAGGAUAUGAGCCAACAUCAAUGAGGGCCAUUCGUGCCAGAUAUGACCCGUAUCUCCAGACCAGGCACCGAGUGGAACAGCUGAAGCAGCUUGGCCACAGUGUGGACAAAGUGGAAUUCAUAGUGAUGGGUGGCACUUUCAUGGCACUUCCUGAAGAGUACCGAGAUUAUUUUAUCCGUAACUUGCACGACGCUUUAUCAGGUCACACUUCCAACAACGUGGCAGAGGCAGUCAGGUACUCAGAGCGUAGCCUUACAAAGUGCAUUGGAAUCACUAUAGAGACCAGGCCAGACUAUUGCCUGAAACGACACCUUAGUGACAUGCUGUCGUAUGGGUGCACGAGGCUGGAGAUUGGAGUGCAGAGUGUCUAUGAGGACGUGGCCAGAGAUACUAACAGGGGCCAUACAGUGAAGGCUGUGUGUGAAUCAUUUCACUUGGCUAAAGAUGCUGGAUUCAAAGUGGUGGCGCAUAUGAUGCCAGAUUUGCCCAACAUGGGGCUUGAGAGAGACAUCAACCAGUUUGUGGAGUUUUUUGAAAAUCCCGCCUUUCGUCCAGACGGCAUGAAGCUUUAUCCGACUCUCGUGAUACGCGGCACCGGCCUUUACGAACUCUGGAAGUCUGGGAGGUACAAGAGUUACCCUCCAAGUACCUUAGUGGAUUUGGUGGCAAGAAUUCUGGCUCUUGUCCCCCCGUGGACCCGAGUGUACAGAGUGCAAAGAGAUAUCCCAAUGCCUUUAGUCAGUUCUGGAGUAGAGCAUGGUAACUUGAGAGAACUAGCUCUUGCCAGGAUGAAGGACCUGGGGACAGAGUGUCGUGAUGUGCGGACAAGAGAGGUUGGAAUACAAGAGAUUCAUCACAAAGUGAGACCGUAUCAGGUUGAACUGAUUCGAAGAGACUAUGUGGCCAACGGGGGCUGGGAAACUUUCUUGUCCUAUGAGGAUCCUGAGCAGGACAUCCUCAUCGGCCUCCUGCGUUUGCGGAAGUGUUCGGAGGAGACGUUCAGACCAGAACUGAAGGGAGGCGUUUCUAUUGUCAGAGAACUUCAUGUGUAUGGGAGUGUGGUUCCUGUGAGCAGUCGAGAUCCCUCCAAAUUCCAGCAUCAGGGAUUUGGGAUGUUGCUCAUGGAGGAGGCAGAAAGAAUAGCCACAGAAGAGCACGGGUCAAGGAAGAUUGCGGUGAUUUCAGGUGUAGGCACCAGGGAUUACUACCGGAAGAUCGGCUAUGAGCUGGAAGGACCCUAUAUGGUGAAAAGACUGGACUGAUGGA